CAAAAUAGCAACUGAAAUGCUUACAAGCUGCUGAGCCUCAGUCUAAAUUCAUCGUCGAUCGGCGUCGUUGAAUGCCUCGCGCUGCUGUGAGCGUCUGUUCUUGGCUGUGUGUGCCGUGAGUGUGCGUGCUCGCGCGCGCGAGUGUGUGCGCGUGUGUGUGUGUAUGUGUAUUGUGGUGUGCCGUCUCUGUGGUGUGAAAUAUAUAUAUAUUGAGAUAUAUAUAUUUAAUGCGAUAUCUGGCGCUAGACGCGCGUAAAAAGUGGAAAGCGGCAACUGGACGCCUCUUGAGUUUGUUAAAUCGACUUAAACGAGCUACGAGAAACGCGAAACAUCAACAACCAAGUAACAACAAAUAAAUAAACUAACAAAAACACAAAAGAAAAAAAAAAAACCAGAGCAAACGAAAGCAAAUUGAUUUUUGGUGCAAACAAUACGCAAGAAAUACGUGUCAUAAAUCAUAAGCAAUAAUUUGUGCUAAAUCCGUUUCAAACUUAAAAUGUCAGCCAUAAAUUCAAGCAAAGGAUUUCACUUAAUACAAUUGCAGCUGCUCUAAAAGUUAUGGCCAGCAUGCAACGCUCUAAAUGACAACACGAUCCCAAAAAGUUCGAACUCGCUUUGUGAUAAACCCAAGUUGAAUAAAGUACGCGCCAAGUAGUUAAUAUAUUUAUGCCAUAUACUUAUAUAUAUAUAUAUUUAAUUAUUAACCAUACGUAACUCUUUUUAGUUUAUUGAAAUUCAGUUAGUGAGACUUUGAGACAGAACAAAAACAACAUUAUAAAAGACAAGUUGACACUGCAAGAACUGUAACUGUAAUAGAACUUCCCAAUCCUCGAGAAAAAGACACGCAACCUAAAUCGAUAGUUAACACAUUUAGUUAGAGCUUAUUAACUUGAUAACCUUGAUUAGUUAGGGAUUGGCCCGAGCGCUCUGAAUAAUAAUUCAUAGAGAGCUGCCACCAUGUCACAUGGGUACAUUGAGGAAUGUACGUAAUAUAUCCCGCCGAUGAGCUCAUCCUAAUGACAUAUGGUCUCCUUGCACCACGUGUGAAACCGCGACCCACACUCGACUGCCUGCGCGAGCCGCUCAUACCCCUCGAGUAUCCAGCGAGAGCCGCAACCAGCUCCAACGUCAAAGGCAACGCCAACGUCAACUUGAUAAGCGCCGCCGCCGCCGCCACCAGCUAUCCCAACGACUCGUACAGCACAGCACAGUGGUCGCCGUCGUCGAGCUUAGCCACAGGUGUCACCAGAGCACAGCCCAUCCCGUCACGCAUUCCCACUACGUUAGCGGCGCCCACGCCGUCCAAUUCACCACAGGAGCAGCCGCAGUCGCCACUCUUCGAGGCCGGCGGCAAUAACUUUUUUAGCUUUGAGCCGCCUUUGACGGCUGCCCAGGUACCGCAGUCGCAGAGCCUGCCACCCACGCCCACACGACGCACAUCGCGCGCCUCCUUGACGCACUCCAACCACAACUCCGGCGGUAGCAAGCGGUCCAGUGUACGCAGCAAUCGCUCGCAGGCGCCGCUUUCGCCCAGGCUGCUGCCACAUCAGCGUCCAUUGAGCACGUCCAUGUAUAAUAAUGAUGCCAACAUGCAAGGCGGCGGCAACUCAGCAUCUGGACGCGCACCAUUCCAGCGCAGCGGCAGCGCGUUCGAUGAGGAGGGACGCCUGAUCGAUUAUGGAGCAGCCGCGUCUAGUGCUCUCGUCACGGCACGUUCGCGCAGUCCCAGCGUUUUUUUGGAGCCACCCUCGCCAGAUCCCACACAUGCACACUUCGGGCCCGGCUGGGGGCGACCCAUGUCACCAAUGGAUCUGCCGCCGGAAUGUUCAGCCAGCAGCAGUGUGCCCAGCAAAUCGCCCACCGCCAGCAAAUCCCGUUUGCGGCCCAAGCUGCACAUACCGCUGGGCCGACUUGGCCGUUCCACCUCGUCCGAUACGCGUGAGCGCGAGAGUAAUCGACUGCGCGAGGAUGUGCAUGUGCAUGUCGAGAAUCCGGUCUUCAGCAGCGAGAACCUGCGCCAAAACAACUUCGAUGCAUUUUUUGAGGCACGCGAGCCGGUCAUCAAGCUGCAGCCGCGCACGCCCCACUCGGCGACAGCGGACGGACGCGGCCACUCGCCGCCGCUGGAGAACUAUGCGGGCGUCUAUGGCACGCCGCGGACGCGAACUACAGCCGGGGGCACAGGCGGCGGCGGUCUGUUUGCGCGUUUGUCGCGCGAGGAACGGGAGCGUGCGCUCAGUGCGCGCUCCCGCAGCGCGGAGCAUUGGGAUGAGGCGGGCGGCGCUGCUCCGGCGCCAGGUGGUGCUGCUCCGGCCAGCGCUGGUGGCGGUGCGGCGCACUCCAAAGAUUCUUUGGCAAAAUCUUCAAGUGGUCCAAAAAAUCGUAAGUUUUUCGGGUGGAGGGGACCACGCGGUGGUUCCCUUAGCCCCCAGGGCAGCAUGGCGUCCUAUCAGGGUGUGCUCAAGGAUUACAGUCACAGCAGCUUGAACGAGGCUUUCAAAUCCCAAAACAAUGUCAACUUUAAGUUAAUUAAAACAGUAUCCGAUUUCAACGAAUCACUCUCCCAAUUGUAUGAGGAACAUGCAACUGCCCUUCAAACUUUAGUGUCCAAUUAUCGCAAAAAGAAUGCCGAGCUGCGCAAGGAAAGACCCGGUUGCCAUCUGGCCAUUUUUCAGGCAUGGGAAACAUUCCUGCAGGAAGCGGAAACCGACUCGCAGGCCUGCAACGAUGUGGCCAGUGUGCUCUCCCGCCAGGUGUCACGGCCAAUGCUGGAUAAAUCCUUUCAUCGCAAAGUUCAAAGUCGCAAAAUCUUUACACACAGGGAGUCUUUUGAGACUAUAAUCGCAAAGACUGAAGAGAAGCUGUCAAAGUGUCGCCUGGACUACAAGCAAUGCCACAUGGCACAUCGCCAGAAUCCCAGCCAGCACUCGCUCACCGAAUAUAUUGAUGCGCACAAUGCGUACGUGCAGCAGUUGCAUGCCACCAAUGGCAUGCUGGAGGCCUAUCACGGCGACACAUUGCCACAAUUGAUGCAGGAACUGGAGGAGAUACACAACGACCUAUGCAACAUUGUUUCCGAUUCGCUGCUGCAGGGCGCCGAUGUAAUUGCCAGCAAGGCCGCGGAGCAGGCGAAGCGCUACGGCUGCCUGGCCAGCCAGUGUAGCGCCGUGUCACCGCAACAGGAUCUGGUGAAUUUUGUGCGUUUGCUGGCGCAGCCAUCGCAGGCACAGAAGGUGCCCAAACGCGUCUUCGCCCCACCACAAGCACAGCAGCCGGGCGAGCUGGUCGAGGAGACGGGUGACUAUAAAGAGAUGACACCCAUUUUGCGCAACGAGCUCGUCUUUGACCGGCACUCGACGCUGUCGCAGCGCUCCGCACUGGAGUCGCUUAAGCGUGAGGCAAUUGAAUUGGAAUUGCAAAUACGUCAGCUGCAGGACUCCAUUGAUGCACUGAAUCGCACACAAACACGCGGCAUUGAGGGUCAACUGUACAACAAGGUUAACGAGCUGCAGGAGGAUUUGUCCAUGAAGAAAUUUGAUUUGCGCGCCAAGCAAAUACACCUCGCUGCCAUACGUGCACAGAAGGAGUUAUUCGUUAGCAAAGUUGAGCCAACUUCGCCGCGCAACGAACGCAAAUUCUCGGCCGCCACAGCGCCAUCGAUGAAAACAAAGUGGCUGAAAGCAUUUAAGAGCCUAAAGCCGGCGGGUUCUGGUUCAGCAACACAAGCAGAUAGGCGUAAUGGUGCCUCGAAUGCCCCAUCGGAAUCGCUGCGCCCCAACCUGGAUGGCAGCCAUCAUCUGCAGGAGUACACGUACAAAAAGAUAACGGCUUGUGAUGUCUGCUCGCAAAUUUUGAGAGGCCACACACGUCAGGGCCUGCGUUGUCGCAUUUGCAAGCUGAAUGCCCAUGGAGAUUGUGCACCGAAUUUGCCACGCUGCCAACCCAAACAGAAGCUGUUGCGUCGCCAGAAGAGCACCUCGGAGUUGGAGAAUCGUGUUGAUAUCGAGGAAGAAAGUGACAGCAGCGUUGGAGCUGCCCUCGGACCCGGAGCCGGAGCCGGAGCUCCGGGCGCAGCGAGCACAGUUUUGCCGCUGCAGCCGCUGGCCAGCAGCGCCGUGGAACGGCUGCCCGUCGCCGAGAUACCCAUUGUCAAUGUGCCGGAACCGUUGCUGCCGGAGCCGCAGCAUCAGCAGACCCAUCAGCCGAUCCAUCAGCAGACGCAUCAGCAGCACCAGCGCAGCCUGGCAUCGGUUGCCCAGGCGGCAGCGGUGCGCGCCGGCCGUGGUGUUCGUCCGCCGCCCGUGGCCAUGCCCAUACUGGGCGUCCAACUGCAACAACAGGAGCUGCAGCAGCAGCGCGGCGGUCUGCCGGUGCCCACACAAGAUAUCUCUAGUAGCUCAGCACCGCACUCACCGCGCCGGCAAAAGUUGAACUUACGCAUGAAAUCGUUGAGCUUGGACUCACCCGAAUCCUCGGAGCUGCACGGUCAGUUUAGGCGCCGCCAGCAUCUGCCGGCAACGGCCGCCUCGACAUCCAGCGGCUACUAUCAUGGCGGCUCGGGAGGGCAUCUGGAGCACAGUACUCCCCCAUCAAACAACAGCCGGCUGCACUCACCAUCGAGCCCCUCGCAUCCGGGUCGCAAGCUUCUGUAUGCCACGCGCGGCAUGCGCGGCGGCAGCGUCGAUUUGCCCGAUGAAAUGGAGAAAUCGCAGUCCUCGGCCAGCACAUCGCCUUGCCUAUCACCUGUAAGACAUGCCCAGAAAUCACAUCGUCUGCUGCCCACCAAUUUGUAUGUCAUACUCUACAACUUUAAGGCGCGGCAUGCCGACGAACUGGACCUUAAGGCCGGCUACAAGGUGACAGUCAUCGAUACCUCCGAUCCGGACUGGUGGAAGGGCAAAGUGCUGGGACGCGUUGGUUUCUUUCCAUCCAAGUAUUGUGUGCGUCUCAAUGCCAACGAGAAGCCGCUCCAGGUGACGCACAAUCUCCAAGUCUCCGAUGGGGAGCGCGGCGAGAAUAUGACGCUCCUCCGCGACCAGAUUGUCAUACAGACUGGCGAUGAGGUAAACGGCAUGGUUAUGGUGCGUUCGGCGGACAAUCGUCAGGGCUAUUGUCCCAUCAAGUAUCUGCAGGAGGUGUGACAGCCAGAAGAGGAAGAGCCGCCAGCAAAAUCAUCAAUGCAAACGUCGCGUGCCGCCGGAGCCGGAUCCGGAGCGGGCGACAAGACCAAGCGUAGAAUUAGAAUUGUAGUUACCGAUAAUAACAAUUUAGCCAAUAGCAGCUCAAUGCCCAUAACCCACACACACAGUCACACACACACACACUCGCAGUCGCAAACGCAGACAUCGCCCAGCCGGGAGACGAAGCGCCUGAACAUUGAGUACAGCGAUGCCGAUGCUGGCUUCACCUGGGACAAGGACAGGGAUGUACUCAUACUAUCCGGGCGCAAUAAGAACGACAAGAACUGGGAGAACUGGGAGCGCAUUAGGGAGCAAAAGCUUGAGAAGAUGAAGAACAUCUGCUUCGAGAGCUAUCGCCAGUCGAAGCGGGACAAACUGCUGCUGGCCAAGCCAAAGCCCAAGCAGCUGGACUCCACCUGGUAUACGGACAACAUCUACUCGAAUCGUUCCGACGAUCUGGACGAGGAUUAUGUGCCCGAUUGCCUCAAGUAUGGCAGCUAUAGCAAUCGCAUUCUGCGUGACAUACGCGAACAGGACGAGAAAUACGCGGACGAGGCGCUGCCCAUGCGGGAGCGUCGCGGCGAGGGCGAAGGCUCGCCCGGCUACGGACUGCAGCGAUCCAAAAGCUGCAAGGAGUUCCAAUAUCCCAAAUCGCAGAGCUGCUGCUUCGAGGGCAACGUCUAUGAGUCGGGCGGCCCAGGCGCCGGGACAGGAGCAGGAGCUGGACCCGGAGCGGCGGCCACCACCACCUCCAUACUGAAGAAUCGCGCCGGCGUGCCUAAAUCGUAUUCGUUCAGCGCCUCCACCAAGACAAUGCCCUUUGACAUCAUUGACUACGAGCUGCCGCCCGCCUCGAAUACGCGACGCGAGAAGCGCGAGGCAUACAGACGCACCAUGAAUAUGCUGUAUAGCAACAGCUUGGAUGAGCGCGCCCUGGCGCAUAGCUGCUGUGCGCGGGAUCAGUGCACCAGUGCCAAGUGCCUGCUGGAUGAUAUUUAUGCCGGCUCCAGGAGCCGGCUGGGCGAUGUCUAUGGCGCCGCAGCCGGCGCUGGCAGCAACAGGAAUCUGAAUCUGAAUCGCAGUCUGCGCUCGCCCGCGGAUUGGCUGUUUGAGGAGCGCGCAGAGGCAGAUCAUCGGCUGGGGCGUGGCCAGCAGCGUUUGCCCGCCACCGUGAUCUGCUGUUGUGCCUCGGAGGACUAUUGCUGCCAUCGCCAGCCACAGCACCGUGCGACAAGGCGCACAGCGCACUGUCCGGGCCAUCAUCCGGCCGCCGAGGAGGAGGAGCACAUGCACUGUCGCUACGACACCGAUUUGGAGCAGUUCAUACGCGCCGAGCGCGAGCGUCUGCUGCUGCAGGACAAAUUCCUCGACGAGGACGAACGCUAUCUGGCCCAGUGCCAGAUGGCCGCCAGUCCCAGUCGCCGCUAUGCCCACUAUCCGCGGCCCACGCGCACCAAAUCCCUGCUGGAGGUGCAGCCGCCCAGUCUGUUCGACGAGGACAGCUGCUCCGAUACGACCGAGAUCGAUCUGGAGGAUUUCAACAUUGAUCUGGAGAAGUAUUGGGAGCAGUUGGACAAGCCGCCUAGCCCCAUCAACAUGGACAUGCGCCGCAACAUGCACAGCAAUCUGAAGGUCAAGAAUGUCAACGUGCGCUGCUAUAACAAUGGACAGCCCAUCGAUAUGCAUGACCGGGAGCACGAGCGGCUGAUGAUCAAGAAAUCGCUGCUGGAGGGAAUGCCGUCGCCGCCGCAGAUGGACUCGAGCGGCUCUUCCAACAAUGGGGCGGGCUUCAAUUUUUUUGAGAAUCCCGCCGGUCCAGCGCUCCACCAUCAUCAGGCUCGUCAUUUGGGCGGCGCAGUGCCACCGGUACCGGCUCCAGCUCCGACCUAUGGCUAUGGGCAUAAGGUAUAUCCGACAGCGGAUACGCUGCCCUCGUAUCAGUACAACAACUUUUAUCCAGAGCACACGACGCUCGGCGGCAGCGUGCUCACUCAGCAGCCAACGGCGGGCAUACAUCACGCCUCCGCCGGCGGCCAUUCCGCCUUGAGUCUGAUCAACAACAUUUUCUCCAUAUACAAGCCGAACAAAUAUUCGCCCGAGAACUGUCAGCUGAACUACGAGAGCAAGCCGGAGCCAUGCAAGAAGAUGAAUGUGCCGAGCACAAGGCGACCCCUGGGCGCCGCCGCCAGCAAUAUGCCACAUGGACACGAGUAUCUGCACUCGUCCAUGAAGCGACCGCUGCUGAUCAGCGCCGAUCAGCCGCACUUUAAGAUCAUACCCGAGAAGACCGGGCUCAAGAUCUCGCCGCUGCUGGCGUACGAUGAGUAUGGCGGCGGUGGCGACAAGUCGCACCACAGACUGACCAGCACGGCGCGACCUUUGAUGCUUCCGCACUGAUGGUGCUGGACCUUUCCGUGGUAUGGUAAUGGUAAUUAUUGUUAGUUAUGCUCACAGCGACUGCCGAGACUCUCCAACAAGAACAAAAGCCAAAAGACUCACUCGCUCGAUAAGCAACAACAACAAAGAAUCUAAGACCCAAACGCACAAAUUGGCCCCCAUCCCCCGCCAGACGUGACUUGCCCCAAUGCCAGCCCUGUAAUGCUUGCGGUUGACGGCUUUGAGGAAGGGAGCAUUGAAGCAUCAUCUCAACGUUUGUCUGACACAAUUUUCACAGCCAACAACAAGCGAUAACAACAACAACAAAAACAACAACAAACACCAUUCACCAACAACAACAACUGCGCCAUACCAUUGGAAAAAGAAAAGAACGACAGCAUCAAAAGGGACACGUCUUCUAGAUGCAACAGAAAUCGUAAGCUUUAAGAAUAACGAGAAGAACUAACGAGUAAAAAGAAAGAAGUUUGAACUAACAAGUAACCUGCUCCGAGUAAGAACUAAUGAAGUAACGAGUGGAAAGUAGCGCGUUAGGGCAAACGAAGAGCCAGUAACAAGCUGAAACUAAAGAGUAUCAAAUACCGAGUUGGAACUAACGAGUAAUCAUAACAAGUUAAAAAUAACAAGCAAUCAGUAUCGAGCUAGAAUUAACAAGUAACAAGUGACGAGUUAGAUUGACGAGUAAAAUUUGAGGAAUUAGAACUAGUAAGUAACAAGCAACAAGCUAGUGGUAAUAAGUAACGAAAAGGAAAGGAAACGAGUAUCAAGUAACGCGUUACAACUAACCGGUAUCGAGUAACGAGAAAUAAGUAGCAAGUAUCGAGGAACGAGUUAGAAAUAACGAGUAAUCAGUAACGAGUUAGAACUAACGAGUAAUCAGUAAUGAGCUAGAACUAACGAGUUGAAUGUAAAGAGUAACAAGUAACGAGUAGUUAUUAAUAGUCAUGAAACCGGAUUAAGAACUAGCUGCCAGCAGCUCAGCUUUGACUUUGACAUACGCAGAUACACACAUACAAAUACACACACAAAACACACUUACACAUAUGAACAAAUGUGCUUUUAAAUCGCUUGAGAAAUCGCCGCAUGUAGUUAAUAUAGAUACAUACAGGCAUACAUGGUAUAUGUAUGCAACACUAAUUUUUCGAGCAACUUUUAAGCAAUCAGCAGCGUAUUCUAUAUAUACAUAUAUACACUUAUGUAUAUAUGGUACUUAUACUUAUAUAUGAUAGAAGAUUAAGUCAUUCAUAUCCGUGUUUCACAUUGUAUUUAGUGUUGAAAGCGAACGCAUAUUGUAUACCCUGUAAUACCCUUGUAGCAGCUAAGCAGAAUUUAUUACUACAACUAUUUGAGAAUAUCUUGAUAAACAUUUGAUGAUGAUUUGAGACAAAAAGUUUUUAUUGCCACGAAAUUUUUUCUAUUUUUUAUACCAACAACUUUGAAAGCAAACUAAGCAAGGCCGAUGUUAAGAAAAAAAUAUAACUAAAAAUAAAAAGAACUAAAACCUACUUACAAGCGAAAAGAAGAAAAAAAUAUUCGAGAAGAGAAAUUCGAUAGUGGAACAUUUUUAAGGCUUGACUCUAUAAGUUGCAGCUUCUAGGCAAUGACAGAACUUAGUCUUAUACAAAAUACAACACAUGCACACGGCAGGUGUUCGUAUGUGUACGCUUUUUACAACAACAACAACAACACAAGAAGAAAAAGAAGAAACCAACCACUAGAGAUCGUAUGUUUAUAAGAUGAACACUACUUAGUAUAUGAAUAUUAUUAUGAUUGUACUUUUAUGAUGUAUGCGUAUCCACUGGCCUUAUUUAUUGUCGAAGAAACAAACCGAAUACUACAUUAACAAAUGUGCUGAAUUCUCACACACACACACACACACACACACACACACACACACACACACAGCAGACAAACACACAUA